CAGGCCACAAUCUGUACUCUUGUCUUUGCUCUGUGUGUCUGUGUGUCUGUGUGAGAGAGAGAGAGAGAGAGAGAUACGCUCUUCGCUCACUCUCGCCUCGCCCUCGAUCGCUGGCACGCCUCCUGACGGCGAUUGCUCCUUCCCCGUGUGCCCCAAAGCAGCGAACAGCUCUCCGAGGGUUACUAAAGCGGGAAAAAGACCAAGAAAAUAGGGGUUUCUAUCGCUUGGAGCGAGCUCGAGGUGCCGUGACACUCACUCGUCCUCCGUAGACCGAAGAAGAAGACGAUGCUUGGGGAAGGGUCUCGGUCGCCAGAUCAGCGGAGAAGGGGAGGCGUCUCUGGGCGGCGAAUGGCCGUGGCGGCGGCGUCGGCUACGGCUUCGGUCGUGGCGCUCCUGCUUCUGCUCACCUUGGGGUGUUAUUGGCCGCGACUGGAUGGAAGACAGUUCGGGUUCGGAUUCCGAUUCCAGCAACUCCGCUCCGUCAGUGUUUCCAACCGCAAGCUUCUCCAAGUCGACGCAGGCGCCAAGUCGUCGUCGUCGUCGUCGUCGUCGUCGUCUGCGUCUGCAUCCCGGUCGACGGAUCGCAUGGGUGACCGGUGCAGCGUGGACGACAUCGAGGUGAACCAGGGGGCGACGCCGCCGCUGCCCAGCGGGAUCCCGACGUACACGGUGACGGUGCUGAACCUUUGCUCGUCAAGAAACGGCUGCGCCAUGGGACAGAUCCACCUGAGCUGUGGCGCAUUCAGCUCCACCCGCCUCAUCAACCCCCGCAUCUUCCGCCGCCUCCGCAUCAACGACUGUCUCGUGAACGAUGGCCGUCCCCUCGCCCCGGGAGCUUCCAUCUCCUUCCAAUACGCCAACUCCUUCUCCUACCCUCUCUCCGUUUCCAGCGCCACCUGCGUCCCCUCCUAAACCAUGUGAAAAGGCCUCGCCACGAAGCUUCAUUACGAUUCCUAUUCCCCCUCUUUUUCAUACCAUUUUAGCAGCCGAUGGUGCCGACCAACUUCUACUUUUUGUUCAACCCUACUGUCUCUUCCCGUUUUCUGCCGCAGACUUCUAUAGGUUUACACAACGAGAGCGAGGGGGAGAGAGAGGGAGAGACAUGAGCUUGUCGCUCUCUCCUGUAUAGACUUUCUGACACAAGUGAUAGAUUACUGAUGUAUGUCUUUGGCUCUUCUUCCCUAUCGUUGCUGCUCAUUGAUUUAGAGAGAGAGAGAGAGAGAGAGAGAGAGAGAAGAGAACUAUAUUGAUCAAACAACCAAACUAUGUUGGAGUCCACCUCGAUACGAAUGAACUAAAUACUCCCCAGUGAAGCCUUCCGAAGUCCUUCACUGAUGCCAUCUGCAUCACAGGAUAGAUAGCUUGAUUCAUAAACCAAACUGCAUCUAAUAAAAAUGCAGAAUCCAUCAGAAUUUCGAAUGAGAAAACAAGAUCGCCUU